GCGACGCUCUCGCUCCACGCCGCUCUCUCUCUCGCUCUCUCGCGCCGUCUCUUCUCUCCUCGGGGGCUCGGCGUUACCCUCGCCAAUGCUCCCUACUUAUUAUCGGGUUCGGCGGCUCGGCGUAGCCCUCCUCACUGUUCCCUGCUUAUUAUCGGGUUCGGCGGCUCGGCGUAACCCUCGCCAUGUUUCGGUGGUACCGCGUAACCCUGGGCGUCGUUCGGCGGCUCCGCGCUGCCCUCACGAUCUCUCCUUAGCUGUCAUCGGGUUGGAACAUCUCUCAUGGGUCUACACUUAUACCUACGAGCCUUACAGGUGAGGCCUUCCCUCUGCUGGCUGAUGGAUCGGCUCCCGCUCUCUCUAUCUCUCUACCAUCUCUGCUCCUCUGUCGCGCUCAACCGAUCGCCCCUCUCUCUCUUCGGUGCUGGGUUCUACCGCUCUCUCUCUCUACCAUCUAUGGUCCUCUCUCACACUCAACCGAUCGCCAGUCUGGAUCCUCUCUCAGCAGAACCCCUACGGCUAUACCUACUUUGGCUUCUACAGGUGACCCCUAUCCCUAUAAUCUGGCCUCUACAGGUAAUCCCUACAGGUAAUCCUCUCUCAUCUCCUCUCUCAUCAGAUCUCCUGAGAUUUUACUUCGCAUUUCUUUAUUCCCUAUUGCCAGAAGCUUUCUUUUAAAAAAUAAUUCUAAAGAUAUUCUGAGAUUUUUAGAAUAAAUGAGAAGAUAUCCUGAAAUCUAUUCUGUCAUCAUCAUGUCUGCUUUUGUAUUUGCAAAAAAUCAUUGUUCCAGCUUCGUAGAAAAAAUAUCCUGAAGAUAUCCUGUGUUUCUGAGCCUAUAAAUAGCAUGUACUAUUUGCCCCAAAAAAAUAGCUGUACGAACCUCUCUGUUUCUCUACAGUGUAAGGGCUUAAUGAAUUUCGAAUCCCGCCCUCCGCCUUUCCCUCUCUCUCUCUCUCACUCGCACAACUCCUCCGAGCUUCAAAAAUGGCGGUGACCUCCGCCUCCUACCUCGGCGACGGCGACAGCGAUGACGGCGAGUGGGAGAUCUGCAACGAUGACGGCUUCGUCUACAAGCGCCGCCGCCGCCGCCGCCUCCUCCUCCGCCCCUCCGCCGCCGCCGACGACGACCCCCGCCCUCGUCCUCCGGCGCCGCCCGGCGACGCCGAGGCUGAGCUCCGGCGCCGCCGCAGGGCGCGGCGCCGCCUCUGCCUCCUCGGCCUCCGCGACAAGUACCGGAACGAGCUCGAUCAGUGGGAGUCCCUCGCCUCCGCCCUCCUCCGCCUCUCCUCCCCCGCCGCUCCUCCCUCCCCCUCUCCUCUUCCACCGCCUCCUCCUCCUCCGGAGGCGGCGGAGGAGGCAGGAGCCCGCCGCCUCCUCGUAGACGAUCUCCUCUCUCAGGUGGAGGCGCAAGAAGCGAUUCUCCGGAAGCUGUCGGAGGUCUGCGACUACGCGGAAUCGCUGUGCAAGAAGCGCGAAGAGAGCUUGGCGGAGUCGCUCAUCGAGCUGCCGAUUUGGGGGAGUCCUCAUUCUCUCAUGGCCUCUUUAUCAGAUUAAUUCUUUGCUGAGAUUAUGUUGCUCUGAUCUGCAUGAAUAGUUUUCGAAACAACAUUGUGUUUGUAGCUUGUACUUGUUUGGAUGAUGUAUCUAUAGCUAUGAGUUGACACACCUGUUUCUUAUCUCAAGGAACAAAAAUGGUUCUGAUUAUCUGAAGUGUUCAAUCAUUUCUGGUUCGUAAA